ACGACGGACCCGAGGGUCGGUUCGGCCAGAGAUGGAUCUAACUCGACUUCCGUCUUGAAGGCGACCGAGGGCACCAAUUCAGCCAGCUUUUCGACGUUGUUUAUGACCUUUGUGCCUGUCGCGAUAUAUGCUGUUGUCUGCGUCAUCAUCUUUAUCGUGGGUCGGAAGUAUCUACCCCGUGUCUAUGCGCCGCGAACGUUUCUCAGCAGUCUUCAACCUCAUGAACGAACCAAAUCAUUGCCGUCAGGAUGGUUCAAUUGGAUGAAACAAUUCUGGCAUACCCCAGAUAUUGAGGUCCUUCAUCGAACCUCAUUCGAUGGCUUCCUUUUCCUUCGGUACCUCAAGGUCCUUUGUGUGAUAUGUUGUUUUGGAAUGCUACUCACAUGGCCUAUCCUAUUACCACUUCAUGCUUUGGGUGGAGGUGGAAAUACACAACUGGACAUGCUAACGUUCGGAAAUAUUGCUCAUCCUAGUUGGUGUUACGGCCAUGCUCUACUGGCUUGGGUGUUCUUUGGCUUCAUCCUCCUCAUGGUCGGUCGAGAAUGUAUCUUCUUCAUCAAUCUUCGCCAAGCAUAUCUGCUCUCCCCAUUCUACGCAAAUCGCCUCUCAUCACGCACUGUGCUAUUUACAUGCGUCCCCACUCAAAUUCUAGACGAAAAGAAAUUGCGACGAAUCUUCGGAGAUACAGUGAAGAACGUUUGGAUUCCCAAAGUCACGGAGGAAUUGGAUGAAUUAGUCAACGAACGAGAACAGACAGCAUUCCGACUUGAGAAGGCAGAGAUCGAGUUGAUCAAGAAAGCCAAUGCAGCAUAUCAAAAAGCCCUGAAAAGUGGACACCCUGAUAUCGAGACGAAAGUUGGAACUCCCUCAGAAAGAAGUUCGAAGGAGUCGAAAGGAGUGGACGUCGAAAUCAAGGCCGAAAGUCCAAACUGGCCCCUGUCGCCCCUAUCGCCUCUUUCGGCCGCGUCAACCAUAUCUCCAAUAUCCCCAGCAUCUCCAGUAUCUCCACGAAGUUUCACGAGAAGUGAUGGGACACCAAUUGAUAUGACAAGCUACGGUUUUACUGGUCCUUCACCAGAUGUUGUCGGAUCAGUUGCAGCUUUGUGGAUUCCUGCAGAAGAAAGACCAUACCAUCGACCGAUCGCGAAUUAUGGAAGGAGAGUCGAUACGAUCAGAUGGACAAGAAGUCGAUUAAAGGCACUUGGUGUCAAAAUCAGCAAGUUGCGAAGAGACUACAGAAAAGGAAAAGGUCGACCAAUACCUGCCGCAUUCGUCGAAUUUCAUUCCCAGGUCGACGCUCAAGCAGCAUAUCAGACGCUUGCCCAUCACACCGCGAACAACAUGAGACCUGAGAUUGUUGGCGUUCGACCAGAGGAGAUACACUGGAAAGCAAUGUACUUUUCGUGGUACGAACGUAUCAUCCGAAGGUUCUUGAUCCAGGGAUUUGUUGCUGCGAUGGUAAUAUUUUGGUCUGUACCAGCAGCCAUCAUUGGCCUUAUUUCCAACGUCAAAUAUUUGACCAGCAAAUUCAUAUUCCUAGCUUGGAUCAACAAACUUCCGACGGUGAUUUUGGGUCUCAUCAGUGGUCUCCUUCCCGCUGUUGCUUUGUCACUACUCAUGUCUGCCGUACCUAUCAUCAUGAGAAUGUGUGCACGCCAAGCUGGCGUCCCAACGGAAUCCAAAAUCGAGCUCUUUGUCCAGAACUCGUACUUCGUAUUCCAACUCGUCCAAGUAUUCCUAAUUACAACCCUCACUUCCGCAGCCUCUGCCGCCAUAACACAAAUUCUCCAAGACCCACUCUCAGCUCGAACUCUGUUAUCAAAGAACUUACCUAAAGCCUCGAACUUCUACAUAUCUUAUUUCAUCCUCCAAGGCCUUGCAAUGAGUGCUACUCGAAUCAUGCACAUGGUGUCCAUCUUCCGUCACGGACUUUUGGCAAACUCUGGUACUCAUCCCAGGCAAAUCUCAGCAAGGUAUCAUCGACUGAGAAGAAUCCACUGGGGUUCUGUGUAUCCCGUCUUCACCAACAUGGGCAUUAUCGCCAUCUCCUACUCCCUCAUCGCCCCAAUUGUAUUGGCAGUAGCUGCCAUAGGCCUCUCAAUUGUUUACAUAACAUACCGCUACAACCUCCUCUACGUCUACUCCUCCAACCUCGACACGCGAGGACUCUGCUACCCUCGAGCAUUAAAACAAACUCUCACAGGUGUCUACCUCGCCGAAAUCUGCCUCAUAGGUCUCUUCGGCAUCAAAGGCGCCUACGGCCCCGUCGUCCUAACGUUCGGCCUCGUCAUCUUCACAGCCCUCUUCCACGUCUCCCUCAACGACGCUCUCUCUCCCCUCCUAUACAACCUUCCCCGCACCCUCGCCGCAGAGGAAGAACUUCUAAAAGCAGGUAACCACCCCCUCGCUGCCGAAAACCUAGAAGAUAAGCACGACAACGACCUCGAGACGAACAUUGACCCCGACGCUGGCUACGACUCUGAUUUCGACCCUUCAGCUGCUGACGCCGUAUCCCACGGCACUCAAUCCUCUCGCGCCGGAAUCCCCGUCGAGGGCGCAGACCGCGCCUUGACACUCACGACAGGGACCCUCAAAUCCAUGAUCCGAACAAAAUACACUGCGUCCCCAAUCCCUGCUUUCCUAACGAAAAUCGACUUCUGGUCUCCCUGGCUGUCCCCCAUCCCCGACCCAAACAAGAAAGCAAACUUCAUACUCAAAUUCCUGCACCCGACCAUAUUCUGCGAUUACCACGUCAUAAGAGCCGGUAUACCAGCGGAACUGUACCAUCUAGGCGCCGUGCACGAAUACGACGAGAAGAUACUCAAAGAUGCGUUCUCGCCGCCGGGCAUGCGGAAACGGAGUCCGAGGCUGUGGAUCCCGAGUGAUGUGGCGGGU